CUUGAAAUAUUUUUAAAAUGAUGAUUUUGUGCGGUUAGGCGGGCAAAUUUCACGAAAUCUCAAGCUUCUUUGGUACACCAACGCGCCAAUUCCCAUGUCUAUUGAAGACUCUUCCUCUUCCUCUUCCUCUCCAAUCCCUAAUUCAUUCUCAUGGAUUCAAUUGAGCCGCCAUCGUUUUCGCUAGGGUUUGAUCUUGAUGCUGCAUUGGAUCCCCAAUCUGAUUCCCAUCAAAACCCUAGCUUCUCCGGCGAGCAUUUAAUUGGGGACGAGCCAGAGCCUGGACUCACGGUCCCAGAUUCCGAUCAGGAGCUUGAACAAGAUUAUGCGAGCCCUGUUCUCAAGCGGCUGCGACGAGGGAUUAAUCCAAACAAGUGUCCUGCGAAAGAUGAUAGAGGCGUGGGCCGCGUGGCCAGUGAGUUGUUAGGUUGCAGGGAGGAUCGGGAUGAUGAUGACAUCGAGGAGUUCUCUUCUCCAGAGGAUUCUUCUCACACGGACGCACCUGCAUCAACAAGGAGUCAUUUUUCUAGUUGCAACUCAAGGGUGCCACUUCAUGGUACUGGGGUCUUGUCUAAUCAGCCUUCUAUCUCCCGGGGCAAAAGAAAGCAGUCGGAUGUUCCAGCAUCUGCUGGCUCUGGGAUUAGUUCUGUUGCAUCUUUGUUUCAGAGGCCAACUCAUAGUCCUCUGCGAAGGUUCCAGCUUCUAGAUUCAGAUUCAGAAGAUGACCAUCCAUCCGCCAGUAGAGAUUUAAGCGGAGUAACUACAACAACUAAUUCAUCCUCAAAGGAUAACCUUUCUGUUCCAAGUAAACCAAAGAGAAAGGAACCUGGGUCUAUCCCCUGUAUUAAAGAUCUGUGGAAAGAUUUUUGCCCGGCAAGUUCCAAGAUUCAAACACCAGCUUUGGAUGAUGUUUGUCAGGACUAUUUUAGCUCCAUCAAGACGACUAGCGCAUCUCAGAAACAAAGCAGCGCUGUGGCAAGUAGUAGCAAUAGCGGAUAUCAUAACGAGACUGGCUUUCAGCAAACUGGGCAAUUUUUGGAUUUGUCCCAACCUUCUCCUCCAUCUCAUCGUUUCUUCUUGCAUAGUGAUCCAAGGAUCCGGAAUCUAGCCCGAAAGCGGUUACCAAACUUUUUGCCCCUGGGAAUUGUCAAUGAUAGGGAGAGCCAGCGAGAGGUGUUCCUUGUUGAUUAUAUGAAUCAAUUUGGCAGCAACGGGAGUUCUAAAACUGGAGCCUCUAGCAGCAAAAGCUCCAGAAGAGGGCAAACAAAGUCAAAGGUUUCAAAGGGCCAAGAGAGCGCACACACUUCUGGAGGCUGGUUGAAUCCUAAAACGAGUUCUGCAGUUCCAACGGAUGCUGGGAAAAGACGUGUAUCAGCUAAGAGUGGCUCUGCAGGUCACUGGUUCACAUCCGCAGAAGGAAGGAAGGUUUAUAUCUCUAAAACCGGACAGGAGUUCGCAGGUCAAAGUGCAUAUAGAUGUUACAAAAAGGAGACAGGAGGCGGGUUUAAGAAGUCCAGAAAGAAACGACAGCCAAAGAAGAAGGCGAAGAGCUGAAGAAAGGAAGCCAUUGUUUCCUUCUAAGAACUCAGCACACCCCUAUUGACUCCUUCCUAUCUUUUAAUUCCCACCUCUGAUAUAUGAAUCUUGGAGUUUUGCUCUCUAUAUAUCGGGAGACAACGUAUGAAACAAAUGCAGAGAACCUGGAAAGUCCAUGUGUCUGUGAUCAGAAAGUUUCUCUAGAUUCAGAGACUGAUGGGUUUCUUCUCAAAUAUUUUCAGCUGUUUCGCAAAGGAAUCCUCUGGGUCUAGAGACUACAUGUGUGACGGUGGUGUUUGUGUUCUACGAAGAUCCAAGACCCCGAAGCUUCAAAAGGGUUAAUUUAAUACAUUUACUUUAGUUCUUGAAGCUAUGUAAUCGAUAUUUUGUAGUAUUUUCCAAUUUGUAAAGAUGCAAACCGAAAGAGAUUCACGGGUUAGCACA